AUGGCGAGCAGCAGCAGCAGCAGCCCCAGGCCUGAGGGGCCGGGGCCAGACGAGAGGGGGGCCGAGGGGAGCACGGCAGAGGAGAGGGGGGCCGAGGAGACGGGGGCUGAGGAGACGGGAGCAGAGGGGGGCGAGGAGAGGGGAGCAGAGGGGGGCGUAGGGGGGGGAUCAGGAGAGGGGGUCGGAGGCACGAGGGGGGGUUUCGUGGACCUGGAGAAAGGCGCACAGGCCGUGGUUGACGCGUCCCCCGAUGCGGAGCGAAACGGAGAGCGGAAGGUGGCGCUCAUCACCGGCAUCACCGGGCAGGAUGGCUCCUACCUGGCCGAGUUCCUGCUGGAGAAGGGCUACGAGGUGCACGGCAUCGUGCGGCGCUCCAGCUCCUUCAACACGGGCCGCAUCGAGCACUUGUACAAGAACCCCGCCACGCACCAGGAGGGCAGCAUGAAGCUGCACUACGGCGACCUGACGGACAGCUCGUGCCUCGUCAAGAUCAUCAGUGCCGUGCGGCCGUCCGAGAUCUACAACCUGGGUGCGCAGAGCCACGUGAAGAUCUCCUUCGACCUGGCUGAGUACACGGCCAACGUGGACGGCGUGGGGACGCUGCGGCUGCUGGACGCGGUGCGCACCUGCGGCCUGGCGGACCGCGUUCGCUUCUACCAGGCGUCGACGAGCGAGCUCUACGGCAAGGUGCAGGAGAUCCCGCAAAGCGAGAGCACCCCCUUCUACCCACGCUCGCCCUACGGUGCGGCCAAGCUGUACGCAUACUGGAUCGUCGUGAACUUUCGCGAGGCCUACGGGAUGUACGCCUGCAACGGCAUCCUCUUCAACCACGAGAGUCCUCGACGGGGCUCCAACUUCGUGACGCGAAAAAUCUCGCGCUCCGUCGCCAAGAUCCACCUGGGCCAGCUCGACUGCUUCAGCCUGGGCAACCUGGACGCACGCAGGGAUUGGGGGCACGCGCGGGACUACAUCGAGGCCAUGUGGCUGAUGCUGCAGCAGCCGGAGCCGGACGACUUUGUGAUCGCCACGGGCGAGGUGCACAGCGUGCGAGAGUUUGUGGAGCGGGCCUUCCGCUGCGUGGGGCGCAGCAUCGUGUGGGAGGGCAGCGGCCUGCAAGAGGUCGGGCGCUGCCAGGAGACGGGGGAGGUGCACGUGCGCGUCGACGCCAAGUACUACCGCCCCACCGAGGUGGACUUCCUCCAGGGCGACUGCAGCAAGGCCCGGGCCAAGCUGGGCUGGGCGACGCGCGUCACCUUCGAGGAGCUCGUGCAAGAGAUGGUGAGCGCUGACAUGGAGCUCAUGAAGAAGAACCCCAACGCGUGAAGACCCCCGGGGAGCGGAGGGCGGGGGG